CUGAAUGUGUUCAGACUGUUAUGUUGAUGAUGCGUUUCCUUUUCCUCUUCAGGUGUUAUUCCAUCUCCACAAGAAGAUGAAGAAUAUGUCCAAGAAAUCAGAACGCUCAAAAAGAAAGACAGCCCAGACGGUCCUCCUGGUGGUCGCAGCCUUCCUGACCUGUUGGAUGCCUCAUCACAUCAUCGCCAUGUGGGUGGAGUUUGGAGUGUUCCCGCUCAACGACGCCUCCUUCGCGUUACGGAUCAUCUCCCACUGCCUGGCGUACGGGAACUCCUGCAUCAACCCCAUCCUGUACGCCUUUCUGUCAGAGAACUUCCGGAAGGCCUGUCGCCAGGUGUUCACCUGUCGGUUUCUCUACCCUCCACCCCCACAGGAGAAGGUGGUGCGCAUCCGAAUGGAGAACUUCUCAACUACACACUCUAUUACCACUAAUAUCUGACACCACACACUCUAUUACCACUAAUAUCUGACACCACACAUUAUAUUACCACUAAUAUCUGACACCACACCCUCUAUUACCACUAAUAUCUGACACCACACAUUCUAUUACCACCAAUAUCUGUCACCACACAUUCGAUUACCACUCUAAUCUGAUACCACACAUUCUACUACCACUAAUAUCUGACUCCACACAUUCUAUUACCACUAAUAUCUGACUCCACAUAUUCUAUUACCACUAAUAUCUGACACCACACCACACACUCUAUUACCACUAAUAUCUGACACCACACACUCUAUUACAACUAAAAUUUGACACCACACAUCCUAUUACCACUAACAUCUGACACCACACAUUCUAUUCCCACUAAUAUCUGACCCCACACCACACACUCUAUUACCACUAACAUCUGACACCACACUCUCUAUUACCACUAAAUCUGACACCACACCACACACUCUAUUACCACUCAUAUCUGACACCACACAUUCUAUUACCACUAAUAUCUGACACCAUGCACUCUACCACUAAUAUCUGACACCAUGCACUCUAUUACCACUAAUAUCUGACACCACGCACUCUAUUACCACGAAUAUCUGACACCACACUCUCUAUUACCACUAAAUCUGACACCACACCACACACUCUAUUACCACUCUUAUCUGACCACACAUUCUAUUACCACUCAAAUCUGACACCACACACUCUAUUACCACUAACAUCUGACACCACACAUUCUAUUCCCACUAAUAUCUGACACCACACCACACACUCUAUUACCACUAAUAUCUGACACCACACUCUCUAUUACCACUAAAUCUGACACCACACCACACACUCUAUUACCACUCAUAUCUGACACCACACAUUCUAUUACCACUCAAAUCUGACACCACACACUCUAU